GGGGAGGAGCCCAGCAAAUCAAAGUUCAUCCUUGGUUCAAAGAUGUUGUUUGGGAAAAGCUCUAUGAAAUGGAGGCUGCUUACAAACCAGAAGUGAACGACGAGCUAGAUACACAAAACUUUAUGAAGUUUGAUGAAGUGAAUUCUCCUGCAACUGAAAGAACUAAAUCGGGCACCUCCAGGAAGAAUCUUGCUCCCAAGGAUUUAAGCUUUGUUGGCUAUACAUACAAGAACUUUGACGCUGUGAAAGGAUUGCGUCAUUCACUUGAGAUGGCAAGAACUAUGUCUCUGGAUCGAUCACCAGCUGAGGUGAUGCCUGUGGAGCGGAUAAGCGGGGAAGCAGCAGAGGCUCAGAUGGUUUCAUCGAUGGAUGAUCCAAUGGUAAUUUGAGAUAACCAAGACUAGUAAUGAAGCAAAAGAAGACUAACAAUGGUUAGCCUUUUCCUGAUGAUUCUGUGUAUUAGAAGAAGCAAAAAAGGAGGUUAAAGAGAGAUUUAGAGGAUUAUUAAGUCUUAUGUGUUAUAUAAAAGCUGCCCAGGUUGGCUGUAGUAAUGUUGUCUUCUCUAGUGGCAGUUUUAUUGCAACAUUUUUAACUCUCUUUUACCUUUCUAUGUGUGUCAAAAAAUCAGAACUUUUUAUUUCUAUAAAUUUGAAGACCCACCGAGGAGUGAGGACUUUUAGAGUGUGUA